AGCUCAAGGUUGUCAUUCUCCAAGACAUGGUGAUUUUGGUGGUGGGGAAAUGUAAAAGGGGAAUGUAACAGUCCUACCUGUCUCUUUCUCUCCUUUUUUUGUUUGUUUUGUUUUUGUUUUUGUUUUUUUUGCGGUACGCAGGCCUCUCACUGUUGUGGCCUCUCCCGUUGCGGAGCGCAGGCUCCGGACGCGCAGGCUCAGCGGCCAUGGCUCACGGGCCCAGCCGCCCCGCGGCAUGUGGGAUCCUCCCAGACCAGGGCACGAACCCGUGUCCCCUGCAUCAGCAGGCGGACUCUCAACCACUGUGCCACCAGGGAAGCCCUCUUUCUCUCCUUUUUAUUUCAUUCUUUCUUUCUUUUUUUUAAAGUUGUGUAUGAGUGCCCUACAGUUGGGUUUCUGCAUGUUGUUCUUUAUCAAACAAAAAUAUACAUAAUGCAACCCACUGGUCAGGUAUUUGCCAGAUUGUUUAACCAUGGAUAAACAUACACAUACACAGUUUUUUCCUAAGAAAUGUCAGUAAUAUUUUCCACGGUUGUGGAUUUUUCUGAGUCACUCUAGUAGAGUGUAAAUUUUCAGAUUUCAAACCAAGCCAGUAGAAGAAAGUAAAAAUUAAAUAAAAGAGGAAGAAAAAAAAUAAAGAAAUACCACACAUACGACUUUCCUGGGACCUCUGAAGGAAGAAUACUAUCCUUGGAUGUGAUGGAAUUUUUUUUUUAAUAAAAAAAAAAAAGGAAACAAAAAGUUGCCACACUUGUUGAAUUCAACUAAGAAUUGUUUCUUAUAAACAAGGCGAUGUCCAAUUUUUAACAAUUCCUAAUCAGAUACAAGGAGGGGGAAAAUGCCAUUUAGCAGUUUCUUAGACUGGGCUUUUGCUAUGCAUACAAAGUGUGGCUAGCAUCUUAUCACAGAAAAUAGAACCCAUACCAGGCCUUCUCCUCACAUUUGUAAAGAUCAAGGCUGAGGGAAUUUGUGGCAUUGGCUUUGACCCCCAAGAUGGAGCCCUAACAGUUUGCCUGAAGUGUUUCAGAGCCUGAGCCCACCCCUCCUUUUGGAACAAGCUUCAGAUCUGUCAGCUUCCUGAUAGUGGAGAAACGCAGCAGAACAAAACCUAUGCAUAGGUCUCUGUGCAGGAUGAUUUGCCAUAUUUUUCUUUUGUUCUAAGUGAAGUAAAAUGAACAUUCAAUGUCUGCAGUCAGCUCAUCAUCUCUCUUUGCUGAUGGAGCUCUUGUUUAUGGAGAAGUUGGCCUUCUCUGUUAAUAUCUCCUCUCCCCAGGAACUCUCUGGGAGAGCUCCUGCCUCUCUCUACCUUGCAUUUCACACCACAGCCAGGGCACGAAUCCUGCUGAUUCAUCUAUUUUUGCCCUUUGUCAUGUAUGGAAAGAAAGGAAGGAUGAAUGGAUGGUCUUUGAUUGGCGCCGCUGGUGACGCCCCUCCUGGUCCUCUUUGGAGGGACCCUUUUGGAAAAAAAGCUGGUGAGGCAGCACGCAGAGGCUUCCCCUGGCUAAGCUUGGCCCUGGCCCAUGGGCCACCAGAACAGGAGCCAGAGGAAGAGCUAUCCAUGGAGGACAGCCCCACUGUGGUUAAACUGGACCAGGGUGGAAAUCAGGGUCCACCAGUUCGCAAGAGAAGAUGCCUCCCCAAGGCACUUGGCUACAUAACUGGUGAUAUGAAAGAAUUUGCCAACUGGCUUAAAGACAAACCCCAGGCACUCCAGUUCGUCGACUGGGUCCUUCGGGGCAUAUCCCAAGUGGUGUUUGUCAGCAACCCCAUCAGCGGAAUCCUGAUUCUGGUGGGACUCCUGGUCCAGAACCCCUGGUGGGCGCUCAGUGGCUGUGUGGCAACUGUGGUCUCCACCCUGACAGCCCUGUUACUCGGUCAGGACAGGUCCGCCAUUGCAGCAGGGCUCCAGGGCUACAAUGCCACCCUGGUGGGAAUCCUCAUGGCUGUCUUUUCAGACAAGGGAAACUAUUUCUGGUGGCUAUUAUUCCCUGUAUCUGCUAUGUCCAUGACUUGUCCAGUUUUCUCAAGUGCGUUGAACUCCGUGUUCUGCAAAUGGGACCUCCCUGUCUUCACUCUGCCCUUCAACAUGGCGUUGUCAAUGUACCUUUCUGCCACGGGACAUUACAAUCCAUUUUUCCCAAGCAAGUUGUUCACACCUGUAACCUCAGUUCCCAAUGUCACCUGGUCUGACCUUAGUGCCCUGCAGUUACUGAAGUCCCUGCCUGUGGGUGUUGGUCAGAUAUAUGGCUGUGAUAAUCCGUGGACAGGGGGCAUCUUCCUAGGCGCCAUCUUCCUCUCCUCCCCACUCAUGUGCCUACAUGCUGCGAUCGGGUCGUUGCUGGGGAUGGCAGCAGGACUCAGUCUUUCAGCUCCAUUUGAGAACAUCUACGUUGGACUCUGGGGUUUCAACAGCUCUCUAACCUGCAUUGCAAUUGGAGGAAUGUUCAUGGCGCUCACCUGGCAAACCCACCUCCUGGCUCUUGCCUGCGCCCUGUUCACUGCCUACGUUGGAGCCAGCAUGUCCAACCUGAUGGCUGUGGUCGGAUUGCCAUCUUGUACCUGGCCCUUCUGUUUGGCGACACUACUGUUCCUCCUGCUGACCACGAAAAACCCCAACAUCUAUAAGAUGCCCCUCAGUAAAGUCACUUAUCCUGAAGAAAACCGCAUCUUCUACCUACAAGCCAAGAAAAGGCUGGUUGAAAGCCCUUUGUGAAUGCAACCCCCAUCCACAGCCAUGGUCACAAGUCAUUUCUGACUAACUACCCCAGUUGACUUCGAGGGUCUCAAAACUGUUGUUUUUACUACUAACAAAUUUCAUACUAAGCCAUCGGUGAUCUGUUCUUUUUCCCAUUUUGUAUUUUUCUUUCAGACUCCAAAACAUGCCCAAACAAGUGACAAGACACAUCAAGGUGAUGUGCUCUGGCUAUGGAAUUUAAACCCCAGUGGGGCAUUGGCACUGAGACUGUACUGUAUUUACAAAGUCAGAAUGGUCCACCAGAAAGAGGAAGGAAGACCAAAGCUAAUUAUUGAUAUUUAUUGAUAUUCUUGGUGCUUGGUUGCACAUGAUGUUAACAGUAUUAAAAAAUUAAUCUCUAUAAACCAACUAAGCCUUAAGUGAAUGGAAUUCAGAGUCACAAAAUCAAAGUCAACCCAGAAUUCUCAGAUAAGCCAUCUGGCUUAUUUAAAAUCAAUGCAAGUUACACAUUACAGCAGUGGUCAACGUCGCAGGGCCCAUCACUGAGCUCUUUCCCCAGCUCCUCAGCAGAACUGCCUCCAUGCUGUCCCAUGUGUGUGACAUUCUCUUACAGGAGACGGUCGGUUUGUUUCAGGCUGGCAGAGUUGCAGGAGGGAGAAUGGGAUCCCGUCCUUCAAAAUUAUUCUGUAUUGUCACUUUUCUUGGAUAUUGCAAAGGAUUUUUUAAGUAGUUUAUUAUCUUUUUUUUAGGAGGAUAGAUUUGUUUUCAAUGAGGUAAAAUAAGAGAAGUUCCUGGCUUUACCAGUUCCUAGGUAUUAAAAAGAAAAAGUUACAUUUUUCUAAAAUACUCAGCAUAGCUAUUUUUACUUUAAUCUACCUAAACUGAUUUUGUAAAUGCCACAAAAGCAGAGAAUCGAAUACCAAAUCAUCAACAUCCAAGGGCCCUUUAAAGUCACAUUUUCAAUUCAUUUAAGGAUGUUAUAUAUUAUAAAGACUGAAGGUUAAUGCCAGAUUGCUUCUGGGUGUUUAGAAGUUGUUUAAUUCUUACUUUAAAAAAAAUCACUAUUUUCUGCACGCUUACAAUAUUCUCACUCAGAAACCAAUGGUAUUUGAACCA